AUAGGCUACCAUAACCAACAAAAAAAAACAUUCAAAUCUCUAUGGCGGCAACACCAGACACGCCCGCUACAUUAAGGAGGUCAGAUUAUCAGAGGUCAGGUUGACAGGGGUCACUCGGCGACCAGACACGCUCGAUAUGGCAGCUCAUCAUACGCGCUCCCAGAAUCUGCACAGCCAAGCAAAAGAAGUUAUCUUCAACGUCCGCGAAUAUUUUCAAAAUGAGAAGGAUAUUGGAGGCAUUCUUGAAUCCAUCACACAAGUCAAUCGCCGCACAGCUUCAGCAGCUCGCGUCAGCGAAAGAACAGUGGAGAAUAUUAACAGAGAAGGAAGGAAAAAUGCAGAGAAUCACGCACCGAAGUUUACAUCACCCAAGAAACGUCAACGAUCAAAGCCCAUCGCAGAAGACUUCUUUGACAACUUCAAUGAAGGUGUACUUCACAGAACAGUACUACAGUUCUAUGAGAGGAAGGAAAUCCCCACACUGGAGAAAAUUCUGGAAGAAGUGAAGGAGAGCAUAGGAUAUCCUGGCAGCCGUGAAACACUGAGAAGAGUAUUAAAAAGGAUUGGAUUUCGCUUUGCGAAACAUAAUGGCCGGAAAUUCCUUUUGGAAAGGAAUGAUGUGCAAUAUGCACGAGACAGGUUCCUACGGAAAUGAGAAAACACUUGGCAGACAAGCACAUCAUAUAUUUGGAUGAGACUUGGGUAAACCAAAACCACACGGUUUCCAAAUGUUGGGUAACUGAAAAUGCAGGACAUGCUACAGGAGUGAGGGUGCCGACCGGGAAGGGAGGUCGUUUGAUCGUUCUGCACGCUGGAUCAAAAGAAGGAUUUGUUCCCGGAGCCGCCCUUGUCUUCCAAGCAAAAAACACAGGAGAUUACCAUGAUCAGAUGAAUGCAGAGACAUUUGAAAAAUGGUUCACAAACCAACUGCUACCCAAUAUUCCUCCGGCGUCAAUAAUUGUGAUGGAUAAUGCACCCUAUCACUCAAGAAAAAUUCACAAGCCACCAACAGCUGCUGACAACAAAGCUACAAUAAGAAAGUGGCUGGAAGAGAAAGGCAUAGCGGUGCCAGAAGUUAUCCUCAAAACUAACCUUCUGCACCUUGUCAGCCAACACGUCUCGUGUGCCGACACAAAUUAUGAUGUCGACAAAAUGGCUUCAGAUAAUGGCCAUAAAGUUGUGCGACUCCCCCCUUACCACUGCCAAUAUAACCCCAUUGAGCUGAUUUGGGGUCAAGUUAAGGACUAUGUGGCAAAAAGAAACACCUUCAAGCUUGCCUCUCUCAAGCCACUUAUUGAGGAGUCCAUCACAAGGAUCACAAAGGAGAACUGGAGAGAUGCUAUAAAACAUGCUGA